GAGAGAGCAUGAUCAUCACGACUAAGACAUGGAUGGACAUGUUGCACACUCUUCACGUCCUGUGCAUUUUUUCAUAUUCAAAUACUGAAUUCCGCUACGUUCUCCCAUUCCACGAGUCCAUGACAAUCCUAGUUCAUGAUCCUGAUACAAAAGUACCUAAUAUCAAAAAAGUAGAUGAAUUUAAGAUGAAGCAGACAUUGCACUGAUAGCUGAAGGUGAUUUCCCAGUAGCAAAGAUGAUGAAAGCCAAAACCUCAAACACUGAGACGGCCCAUAAAGAAAAAAUUGUGGUGGAUGCAGGGUCUCACAAAGAAUAUUAUGAUGUUAGUACAACGUUGGCAGCCACUGAUCUGCACCGUCUAUCUUUACAACCUCCAAAGCCAAGAUUCCCGAGCCUUAGUCUUCCAAAUUCAACCAACUCAACACCUUCAACUCUGAUGAAGAAGAAACUGAAACAAAGGAUCAUAGAAUCACCAUGUCAAGGUAGAACACUCAUGCAUCAGCAUAACCAGUUACAAGAAAUGCAGUUGAGGAGGAGCAAGUCAUGUGGCGAGGGAAGAGCUCGUGCAGCAUCAGAUGAAUUUGAUCUCUGGUGGGCUACACCAAAUGCAGUGGAAUGUGUGCAUCAGAACAGCUUCUCCAAAACUGAAGCCACCAGAGAUAUUGUUGUGAGUGGGAAGGAUGUGGAAGCAUAUGAAGAGGAGGGGUUUAAGUGCAGUGCUCUUUGCCUGUAUCUUCCAGGCUUUGGGAAAGGAAAACCUGUUAAAAUGAGAAAAGAAGGAUCAGUUAUGGAAGGUGGUGUAAUAUCUAGGACGGUUUCUUUGGAAAAGUUUGAGUGUGGUUCUUGGGCUUCUUCUGCGCUGUUACAUGAGAUUGAAGGAGACCCCAUGAAUUCCUCCUACUUUGAUCUGCCAUUGGAGUUGAUCAAAUGCAGUGCUAGUGAUGUGCAUGCCCCAGUUGCAUCAGCUUUUGUCUUUGAGAAGGACCUUAAAGGGCUUCCUAAGAUUGGAUCUUCUACAAAAUCACCUCAACAUGUUCGGUUUUCAACAUCAUCAUCUUCUACAUCAAAGCCCGCCUCUCCAGCAUCCUGUAUUACUCCUCCUUUAAGCAAAGCCAGAGAGGAUUUUACAGCCUUCUUAGAAGCUCAAAGUGCAUGAAGAUGGAGUCUCUACUGUGGAAAGUGUUGGUGGGUGAUUUUCACUGGAAAUUUUGCAGAAAAUCUUCUCAUCAUGCGAAAUGUAUAUUCUAACAUGUCACUUGAGGCAUAUAAUCUCUUGAAAUGAGUGUGUUUCGAUGUCGUUUUGAUCCAUGUUUUCCUUCAAAUUCACAUCAAAACAACAAUAUGAUGCAAAAA